AUGGUUGGUGGAUUCAUUACAAUCGUGUUUCUUAUAGCUGGACUUGAAUUUGGAUGUAAUGCAGCAAUACCUCUGAAUCUUGAUGAGUCCCAUUAUUACAUAAUCUAUCCUUCCCACAACUCAGGCAACAGUCUCUACUAUGGAGGCAACAGACCAGGAAGCCCAACAAACUCCAACAGUUGUGGUAACAUACGCGGGGUACCAAGCAAAUUAAGAAGUGGAACACAUAUGUACCCAAAGGGACUGACAUCAUUCUAUCAGAAAUACACUGAGGCCUAUGACAUACCAGUUGUCAGUUCUAACCAAGUAAGCAAUGAUGCCUUGAAGCGAGCAUGCUAUACACUCAGGUUUAUGCUGGCAGACAGAUCCGACAUCAGGAAUGCAUUUUACAAAGCUGGGGGCCGUGUAGCAAUAAUUGGCGUCAAUGAAGGCACAACAAGUAUUCCUGAGCACAGCAAUCUCCCAGCAUGGUGGAAUGAGAGAGCAAGGGGUCUGGGAGCUACGUGGGCACAGCCUGUUUCUACCGCUGGGGAGGAGAAUGCUCGAUGUCUUCCCAAUGAUAGAUAUAAGCAAGAUAUAGUUCUGCAUGAGUUCUCUCAUGCCCUGCACCUCAUUGGAGCAAACAAUGCAAUUUCUGGGUUCCAUGAUCGACUCUCUAGCACCGUUGAGGAAUACUGGGCCGAAGGAGUCCAAAGUUACUUUGGUGUAAAUCGUCAUUCUGACAUACCUGAUGGCAUACAGGGGCCUAUCAGUAAUAGGAAUGCUUUGAGAAACUAUGACAUUGGGCUCUACAAUAUAAUUAAGGAGGUUUUCCCCUGCAACAAUGAUUACAUCAAACGCUGUCAAAAGAAUCGAGGUGCUGAACUAAACCAGCAAUUGAAGAUAAACUGUGGGAGUACUGGGGGUGGUAAUGGAGGAGAUGGAGGGAAUAUAACCCCAAGACCUACCAGACCUACAGUGGGAGGUUGCCAGGAUCAGAACCAACACUGCCAAGGAUGGCAAGCUCAGGGAUUAUGCAGCUCAAAUGAAUAUGUCAAACAGAAUUGCAGAAUGGCUUGUGGCACAUGUGGUGGUGGAGUGACUGGAGUCACCCGUCCCUCAGGUAACUGCCAGGAUCAGAACCAGCACUGCCAAGGAUGGCAAGCCCAAGGAUAUUGUAACUCAAACGAAUAUGUGAAACAGAACUGCCAGAAAGCUUGUGGAACAUGUGGUGGCGGAGGGACUGGAGUCACCCCUUCAGGAUGUGCUGACAAAGACCAAAACUGUCAGUGGUGGAGUCAACAAGGAGAGUGUACUAGAAAGGAAUAUGUCAAACAAAACUGUAAAAGAAGCUGUCAAACAUGUGGCGGUGCUGGAAGUGGAUGUAGAGAUCAGGACCAGAACUGCCAAGGCUGGAGAACACAGGGAUAUUGCUCCACCAAUGACUAUGUAAAACAGAAUUGUCGAGCUGCAUGUGGCACUUGCUGAACUAAACCAAAAAUUAAAGGGAC